AUGGGGGGGGAUUGUAUCAGAAUCUAACGUGUCGUUAAUAGAAAGAAGAACAGGCAAGAAGGGUCCAGCCGACCAAGUUGCAGAUCUGAUCUCUUCUGAACACCUCAUCGUGUCUCCAACCCUGGGACUCUGACCCCAGCAGCUGGACCACUUGUGCUUGGAAUUUGGGGUGUCCUCUCUUCUCACCUUCCACUUCUCCCCUCCCCCUUCUGAGAACUCCUAAAGACCGUAGGAUUGUCAUGGAGUCCAGGGAAAUCUUAAGCAGCUCUCGGCAAAGAGGAGGCGAGUCCGAAUUCCUGCCGGUCUCCUCUGCCAAGCCCCCGGCUGCUCCGGGCUGCGCAGGGGAAACUUUGCUCUCUGCUCCAGGGCCUGGGAAGGGGAUUCCGGUGGGAGGAGAACGUAUGGAGCCAGAGGAGGAGGAUGAACUGGGCUCAGGGCGGGAUGUGGAUUCCAACUCCAAUGCUGACAGUGAGAAAUGGGUGGCAGGAGACGGUCUGGAGGAGCAGGAAUUUUCUAUCAAGGAGGCAAACUUCACAGAAGGAAGCCUGAAGCUGAAGAUUCAGACCACUAAGCGGGCAAAGAAACCCCCAAAGAAUCUGGAGAACUACAUAUGCCCACCUGAGAUCAAGAUCACCAUCAAGCAGUCUGGGGACCAGAAAGUGUCCCGCGCUGGGAAAAAUAGCAAAGCAACGAAGGAGGAAGAAAGAAGCCACUCCAAAAAGAAGAUCCUCACAGCCAGUGACCUUGCAGCCAGCGACCUCAAAGGAUUUCAGCCACAGGCUUACGAGAGGCCCCAGAAACAUUCAGCUCUCCAUUAUGACACAGGCCUCCCACAGGACUUCACCGGUGACACCUUAAAACCAAAGCACCAGCAAAAAAGCAGCAGCCAGAACCACAUGGAAUGGUCCACCAACUCCGACAGCGGACCCACCACUCAGAAUUGCUUCUUGAGUCCAGAGUCUGGCAGAGAAACUGUAAGCACCAGCAAGAUCCCAGCCCUUGAGCCCGUGGCCUCCUUUGCAAAGGCCCAGGGUAAGAAAGGCAGCACCGGGAGCACAUGGACUCAGUUGUCCAACAACAGCAAAGAUCUGCUCUUGGGAGCCAUGGCUCCAUCUCCAAGCAGCCACAGUUCUCCAGCACCACCCAGCAACUCUGUCGAGGGCAAUGGGCUUCAACCCUUGGUGGAUCAAGAGGGAGGAGGUACAAAGGAACCUCCAGAACCACCCACCAUGGGCAACAAGAAAAAGUCCAGUAAAAAAGAUGUGAUAAGUCAGACCAUACCAAACCCAGACCUGGAUUGGGUCAAGAAUGCCCAGAAAGCAUUUGACAAUGCCGAAGGGAAAAGGGAAGGCUAUUCUACAGACAGUGCCCAAGAGGCAUCCCCGACCAGGCAGAGCAUGAGUUCUAUCGGUAAUCCAGAAAAUGACCCAAGUCAUGUCCGGAUCACCAUCCCCAUCAAGACCCCCUCCCUAGAUUCAACCAGUCAUAAGAGGAAAAAGAGGCAGUCUAUGAAGACAGUGGUGGAAAAGAUCAUCCCAGAGAAAGCACUGGCUUCCAGCAUUACAAUGAGCAGUGAAGUCAUGAACAGGAUACUUUCCAACUCUGAGGGGAAUAAGAAGGAUCCCCGUGUCCCUAAGUUGGGUAAAAUGAUAGAGACUGAAUCUCCCUCUGUUGGCCUUGAAAGUGGUGGAAAUACAGAAAAAGUAGUCCCAGGAAGUGUGUCCAAGCAGCGGAAGCCACCCCUGAUCAUGACGCCUCCAAUGUGCACAGAUCUCUCUUCAUCGAGGAAGCUUCCAGAAAUCCAACAUCCGAAAUUUGCUGCCAAACGGAGGUGGACAUGCAGCAAACCCAAACCCAGCAAUAUGCUUCGAGAGGCAGUCAUGUCCACCUCCGACAAAUUGAUGGUGGAACCCCCGUCUGCGUACCCCAUCACUCCAUCCAGCCCUCUGUACACCAACACAGACAGUCUUACUGUGAUCACUCCAGUCAAAAAGAAGCGGGGCCGACCAAAGAAGCAGCCUUUGCUUACAGUUGAAACCAUUCAUGAGGGUACCUCCACCAGCCCGGUCAGUCCCAUCAGCCGAGAGUUUCCUGGCACCAAGAAAAGAAAGAGACGGCGCAACUUAGCCAAGUUGGCCCAGCUAGUGCCGGGAGAGGACAAACCCAUAAGUGAGAUGAAAUUUCACAAAAAAGUUGGAAAGCUCGGUGUGUUGGAUAAAAAGACCAUCAAGACUAUCAAUAAGAUGAAGACGCUCAAAAGAAAGAAUAUCUUGAACCAGAUCUUGUCCUGCUCCAGCAGCAUUGCCCUGAAGGCCAAAGCUCCCCCGGAAACCAGCCCUGGGGCAGCAGCCAUUGAAAGCAAACUGGGCAAGCAGAUUAAUGUCAGCAAGAGAGGAACCAUCUACAUUGGCAAGAAGAGGGGCAGGAAGCCAAGGGCGGAGCUGCCACCCCCAUCUGAAGAACCCAAAACAGCCAUCAAGCACCCAAGGCCUGUUUCUAGCCAGCCGGAAGUCCCAGCCGUGCCUUCCAACUUUCAGUCCCUUGUGGCAUCUUCACCAGCAGCUAUGCACCCACUCUCUACGCAGUUAGGUGGGUCCAAUGGCAACCUGAGCCCCGCCAGCACUGAAACCAACUUUUCAGAGUUGAAAACUAUGCCAAAUCUCCAGCCCAUCAGUGCUCUUCCAACCAAAACCCAAAAGGGAAUUCACAGUGGAACCUGGAAGCUAUCUCCACCCAGGCUGAUGGCCAACUCCCCGUCACACCUCUGUGAGAUUGGCUCACUCAAGGAAAUCACGCUGUCCCCUGUGAGCGAAUCCCACAGCGAGGAGACAAUCCCCAGUGACAGUGGCAUCGGGACAGACAACAACAGCACGUCUGACCAGGCGGAGAAGAGUUCAGAAUCCCGACGGAGGUACUCUUUUGACUUCUGCUCCCUGGACAACCCAGAGGCCAUUCCGUCCGACACCAGCACAAAGAACCGGCAUGGCCACCGGCAAAAGCAUCUCAUCGUGGACAAUUUUCUGGCCCACGAAAGUCUCAAGAAGCCAAAGCACAAGAGGAAACGGAAGAGCCUGCAAAACCGCGAUGACCUCCAGUUUCUGGCAGACCUGGAGGAGCUCAUCACCAAGUUCCAGGUGUUCAGGAUCUCCCACCGGAGUUAUACCUUUUACCACGAGAAUCCAUAUCCCAGCAUUUUUCGGAUUAAUUUUGAUCACUACUACCCGGUGCCAUAUAUCCAGUAUGACCCGUUGUUCUAUCUUCGCAGGACUUCAGACUUGAAGUCAAAGAAGAAGCGUGGUAGGCCUGCAAAAACCAAUGACACCAUGACAAAGGUGCCUUUUUUACAAGGGUUCAGCUACCCUAUUCCCAGCGGAAGUUACUAUGCACCCUAUGGAAUGCCUUACACAUCAAUGCCUAUGAUGAACCUUGGCUAUUACGGUCAGUACCCAGCUCCUCUGUACCUGUCACACACGCUCGGAGCAGCGUCUCCAUUCAUGAGGCCAACAGUGCCACCACCUCAGUUCCAUGCGAGCUCCCACGUAAAGAUGUCCAGUGCAGCUAAGCAUAAAGCAAAGCACGGAGUGCACCUGCAGGGACCCGUCAGCAUGGGACUCAAUGACAUACAGCCUUCCCUGAACCCGCCCAAGGUCAGCAAUGCUGGACUAUCUGGUGGUCGGCUCCACAAGAGAAAACACAAACACAAGCAUAAGCACAAGGAAGACCGAAUCCUGGGGACCCAUGACAACCUGAGCGGGCUCUUUGGAGGCAAAGCCACCAGCUUCUCCAGCCACAUUCUGAGUGAGCGACUAGGUGGUGUGGACAAGGAGCUCCCGCUGGUGACAGAGAAGAACAAGCAUAAGGAGAAACAGAAGCACCAGCACAGCGACGCCAGCCACAAAGCCUCCAAGAACAACUUCGAGGUGGACACCCUGUCUACGCUGUCACUUUCAGAUGCCCAGCAUUGGACGCAGGUCAAGGACAAAGGUGACUUGGGCAGUGAGCCUGUGGACUCAUGCACUAAAAGGUACUCUGGCAGUGGCGGGGAUGGUGGCAGCACGAGAUCAGAGAGCCUGGACGUGUUCAGUGACAUGAACCCUUCGAGUGACAAGUGGGACAGUGACAUGAGUGGGAGUAAAAGGAGGAGCUAUGAAGGCUUUGGGACGUACAGGGAGAAAGACAUCCAAGCCUUCAAGAUGAGCCGCAAGGAGAGAAGUUCCUAUGACUCCUCCAUGUCUCCAGGAAUUCCAAGUCCCCACUUAAAAGUGGACCAGACCACAGCGCAUAGCAAAAACGAGGGCUCAGCAUCUGCCAUGAUGACCAGAAAGAAGCCAACUGCAGUUGACAGUGCUUCCAUCCCGCCGGCCCCAGUGUUGUCUCUCCUCGCUGCAUCCGCAGCUACGUCGGACACAGCCAGCGCCUCCUUGAAGAAGCGGUUCAAGCGGCGGGAGAUCGAAGCCAUCCAGUGCGAGGUUCGGAAGAUGUGCAACUACACCAAGAUCCUGUCCACCAAGAAGAACCUGGACCACGUGAACAAGAUCCUGAAGGCCAAGCGGCUGCAGAGACAAUCAAAGACAGGCAACAACUUCGUCAAGAAGCGGCGCGGGCGGCCCCGGAAGCAGCCCACCCAGUUCGAUGAGGACCCCAGAGACCAGAUGCCGGUGCUGGAGAAAUGCAUCGACCUGCCCAGCAAGCGCGGCCAGAGCGGGGGUGGGGGGGGGUCUGGGCCUCUGCGCCUGCGCGGAGAGAACUGCCACCUUGGAAGUGCAGCGAGCUGGGUGGGGGCAGAACUCCCCCUGCAGGGACGCGAGGCCCCUCUCUCCGGAAGCUGGGCGGGCAGAAUGGGGCCAGAGGAUGGGGCUGAGCUCUGGGGAAAUCGAGGCAGGGCCGCCCCUCCACAAGUUCGUCGGCGCGACACAGCAGUUCCCAGCCAGGUGGCACUUCCUUGUGGCCAGACCCUUUCCAUGCCCGGGCGAGAGCGAGACCCGUCGGGGAGGAGAGAGCUCGGGGUACGCCCCGUGGCCGCCUGCCCGCCCACCUCCUCUCGCCCAGGUGCGCCCUUGAGUCGCGUUUCUUUUGCUGGCCGGAAAGAUCCGAGGGGGAAAACACCCCGGAUUAGGAAACAUUCCAAGGCGUGA